AUGUUAGAUUUAUCAUAUGAUUUAUUCAAUGUACGUGUUGAUCGUGCUAAAAAACCAUUAAUUCGUAUUAAAAAUCAUUUUUAUUAUCCAUUACAACAAACAGAUGAUGGAAAAUAUUCUUUAAUUAGAGGUUUAAAUAAUAAACCAUUAAAAUGUCCAAGACGUUUACUUGCAUUGUGCAUUCGAAAGUUGAUUCAAAAUGAAUGUUUUCUCUUAUUAUGUAUUCAACAACAAUUAUUAUCGACAAAUAUUUAUUAUUCUAUGGCUCAAGAAGCUAUCUUUAAUUGUGAAUAUCAAAUAUUGGAAAUUUUAAUCUCUUGUUGGCCAUGUACAAGACUCGAUAUAACCAAGUUAAUACCAGUGACAAUGAGUUACAACGAUGAUGAAGAUAAUGUGACGAUACAACAUGAUUAUUUAUCAAUUAUUCUUGAAAAAAAAUUACAAGAUGGUUCAACAUUAUUAGAUUAUAUUAGUAUGGGCAUUGUUAAUAAACAACCGAGAAUGUCAAGAUUAAAAAUUGUCGAUUUUCGAGCUUGUUCAUCAAGUAUUCAAAUGACCAAAGAAGUGUGUCGUUUGCCUUUGCUUUGGAUAUCACCGACAAGACGUUCAGCCAAUCGUCUCUUAUUACAAAUGAAACAUGGAAUGUGUAUUGAUAAAGUUAAACUGGAACAAUAUUUAGACGGUUUUAAUUAUGUCUAUCAGUUCUAUGAUAAAUCUAUUUCUCAUGAAAUAAAUUCCGGUAGUUUGAUUAAGCAUGGAUUUAUGUCUAAACCAAUUAAAAUUCUUCUUGAUUGUCAUAUUGUAAAUGAAGACACAUUACUUGGUUUACAAAUUCAACAACUAACACCAUUUCGAUUUCAUUUUCGUAAAUUAUGGAUAUCUUAUUAUAUUAAACAAUGUCUGAUGGCUAAUACAUCAUUUGAUCUAAAUCCUAUUCUAUUUUUAACUAAUGUUGAAACAAUUACCCAUUUACAUUUGAGUGAUAUAAAUAUGGAUGCAACAGAAAAAGAGCUUACACUUCUUGUUCGAUGUUUAUCCAAUUUAAGAAAUCUUCGUGUAUUAUGUUUACAACGUAUACUAAAUCUUUAUCCUCAACGUUAUACCCAUGUUCAUUUUCUAACUGAUUUAUGUCAAGAUUUUAAUCGUUUAUUUCGUCGUUUAAUUUAUUUACGAAAACUAGAUUUAUCCUAUUCCUAUCUUCGUUCUCAUAUUCGUACACUUCUAACCGGUCUUAUUCAACCAUUAGACUAUCUUAACUUACAAGAUUGUCGUUUGACAUCAAUUGAUAUAGAAUUUAUUAAUUCAAUGCGUAAUAUACGAUACAUACGAGAAUUAAAUUUAAGUAUGAAUGAUUUUAGUACAUGUUCUACUAUAAUUAUAAAUAUUGUUGAAAAAAUACCAAAUCUUGUAUCAUUAUCAUUAGCCUAUUGUCAAUUGAAUCCAUCAACUUUAGUUCAGUUAGCCACAUGUUUUAAAUCAGUUAAUGAACAAAAAACAUCGAUCAGAUAUUUAUCAUUAAAAGGUUUUAUUCCAUAUUUAAAUUGGGAAUUUUUAGAUUUAUUACAUGCCUACGCAAAUCUAAUGACAUUGAAAAAAUUAUUAUUAUUUCCACAAUUGUAUGCUUAUCCGGGAGCAAAUGAUGAUGAAAGAGAAAUUACAGCACGUGAUCUUUAUAGACGAUGUUGUACUAUAUUACAAACAUUAGGACGAACAGAUUUAGAACUUUUGUAA